AUGAGCACCCACCGUGUCCCAAUAGCUCCCCAGCGCGUGGAUGCUCCGCUCACGCAAUCAGCUACCUUUCUUGUUCUCUCUGUGACCAGCAAGCCCGGUGCCAUUGAAAACGCGCGCUCAACUCUGGCAGGCGUAGACAGCCUAGCCAAAAAUGUAUCUAUCCGUGACCUCAACGCUCAAUUCGCAUGCACCGUUGGCAUUGGAAGUGACAUCUGGGAUCGUCUCACGGGUCUUCCCCGACCCUCAGAACUGCACCCCUUCCGCGAGAUCAAAGGCGCAAAACACACCGCGGUCUCGACAACCGGUGAUCUGCUUUUCCACAUUCGCUCCGAGCGCAGAGAUAUCUGCUUCGAAUUCGAGCGUCAGCUCCUGGACCAGCUGGGUGACUCCGUCUCCGUUAUCGACGAGACAGUCGGUUUUCGUUACUUCGAUGUGCGGGACCUUCUUGGCUUUGUAGAUGGUACGGCUAACCCAGUCGGAUUGGCGGUUCCGGGUUCUGUUCUGGUUGCAGAGGAGGAUGAAUCUGCAUCUGGUGGAAGUUAUAUCGUUGUACAGAAGUACUCUCAUGAUCUACCUGGAUGGAAAGAUCUCUCGACCGAACAGCAGGAGAGGAUUAUUGGCCGAACUAAGAUAGAUAAUGUUGAACUAGACGAUGCCACGUCUGGACAACGCUCUCACAAGACACUCAACACCAUUGAAGAUGAGGGUGGGAACGAGCAUGAGAUUCUCCGCGACAAUAUGCCGUUUGGGUCUCCUGGUUCUGGCGAGUUUGGGACUUACUUUAUUGGCUAUACUCGUCGUCUCUGGGUUAUCGAAAAAAAUGUUGGAGCGUAUGUUUGUUGGAGAUCCUCCUGGUCUGCAUGA